UUUGCAUCUCUUAUCUUAUCAGUCCGGAGCAGGAGUUACGAACGCUAGAGGAGCAGUCUAUGUUGUCGAGUUGCUGAUGAGCGCAUCUAAAGCGGAAGGCUUUUUCUAGCGUACAUCGUCCCCGGACAGUCAUAGCGGAUGGCAUCGCACCACUAGCAGUAUGCUAACGAUAGCUUUCCAGCUGGUCUAACUAGUUUGCAGAUUGAUGGUCACUACAAUAGGCAUGCAUACGUUUUCCUAAGUCUGGUGGGGGCGGUUGAGCCGAUUUGUUUUUGGUUUUAGCAAAAUGAUGUGGAGUUAGCCAUUUAGCUAGCAAGCUGGCUAGCUACCUGCAUUACGCCAGGAGAGAAGAGUAAUCAAUCGCCGGAUACCUUCACCGCCGGUUUUGUACACGCAGAGGGCUGCUGCUGAGGCAGGGAAAACGUAACAUAGCGGUUGCCGGUACAUGGACCAGCAAGCGGAGCACUAAUGCUGCCUACAACUUAAACUGAAAAUCCCAGCCACCGGUAGUAGCAAAAGCGCGGUGUAUGAAGUUUUUUUUUGCCGGCCUCCACCUCAGUCCGUAUUCUAGGUAUUAACUACCAACCGAAUACCUAACGUUAGCAAAUUAAAGAACGAACACAACGCAGGGAUGUUGCAUGUCUUGUCUUGCGGCGUUGUGCUUUUUCCCGGACUAUUUUUCGUCUUCAGGAAACUACUACCGUCCAUUUUCAAACAGUGGACUGAUGCCGACGUGGUUCUGGUCAGCGAGAGGUUGGUGUCAUUCAUCCAUGCUGUCAUGGCCACCACGGCCGGGUUCAUCGUGGUGUCCUCCUGCGACAACGUGAUAACCGACAGGCACUGGCUGGCCACCUACUUUGUGGUGUGGUUCGGGGUCCCCUACAUGACGUACGACAUUUAUGCCAUGUAUCUGAGCCAUUAUUACCGCUUCCGGGUCAAGGGUCACGAGGAGUACAAGAAGCACUCCCUCCAAACGGUGAAUUCGUUUGUGCGCCGGGAGUCCCUGCUGGUCCUUCACCACAUCGCCCUGCUGACCAUCCUUCUGCCAAUCACGCUGUUUUUCAGGAAGGACCAGGGCGACUACUUCAUCGGCUGCCUGUUCCUGACAGAGCUCAGCACUCCGUUCGUCUCUUUGGGGAAAAUCCUCAUCCAGCUGGGGCUGCAGGACUGCUGGCUCCACAAGGCGAACGGCAUGAUGGUGCUGCUGAGCUUCUUCGCGUGCCGCAUCGCGCUCUUCCCCUACAUGUACUUGGCGUACGGGCGGCACUACGGCAUCCCCCUCUACAGCGUGCCCUUCCACCUGUCGCUGGCCUGUAACCUGGGCAACCUCUGCAUCCUGGCCCCGCAGGUGUACUGGUUCGUGCUGCUGUGCCGGAAGGGCUACCGGCUGUACCAGCGGCAGGGCAAGGCGCCCGACUCUCCCUGCGUCACGGACAACGACAAGCGAGACUAGAGGACCCCGCCCCCAACACCGUCACCGCCACCGCCGCCACCACCGCCACCACCAAUACUGCUGUCACUACUACUACUGCUGCUGUUACUACUGCUACCGUUACUACCUGCAGCUGCUACUGCUACCACGUCUACUACUCGAGCCCCUUACCGCUGAUGCUCCUACUACCGAUAGUUCCACUUCAGCCUCUUUCCACCUGCCCCCCUACCCACACCCACACCCACACCCACACCCACCCGUUUUAGGUCCUCCCUUCUGCUGCUCGAAGGUCGGGGGGGCCUGGAAGAGAGGCCAGCCGUGAAGGAAGCUGAAGCCGCGAGCUCUGAAGCAACGCACAAAGGAACGGCCACCGUCCGCUCGGCAGGCCAGCGCGCCCAGGCUUUCAGCUCAGCUGGAGGAGCUGGUGUUAAUGGCAUGUUAUCGCUUGCAGUAUUUGUUUUUUUAUUAUUGUUAUUAUUAUUAUUAUUAUUAUUGUUUUUGGUUUCAGUUGAACUGGUUUUAUUUUGAUCUGUUCCUGUUCCGGUCCUUGUCUGUGCGGAGUUUGGAGAACCCGCUGUUGCCCGAACUUCAUUCCGACGUCCCCUGGAGUGGACACGCUCGCCUCGCCCAGCCCGGCUCCAUGUUCAGACACCGCGGGGGGAAAAGCCACCGCUGGCAGGACCGGCACAUUUCAACCUGAUGGAGAGCCAUUUUUGCCUGGGUUUUUUUUUUAAUUUUUUUUUUUUAAACAAGUCACCAGCAUCGCUACGCAAACUUGCAAAUGUGAGCGAACCUCCCCAACCAUCGCCCCCUCCCCCUCCCCUCCCCCUCCGAGCACGCUCAGACUGGCCCCCGCGCUCUUCCUUAUUUUAAGUCACGAAAGAGACCUGUGGGGUGAACCCUGCCCCCGUCACCUUCGCCACGCGGGACCCAGGAGCAAGCGUGGCCCCUGGCCCCUAACUUUCACAAGCACAGGACUCCUCUAGAGCGGCCCGGGGCCGGGCGCAGGGUUUCUACGGCGACGCUUGCGUGCGGCUCAUGGGGGUGGGGGGGGCGGGGGCGGGGUGGGCUCUGUCAAAGCAAUAAGAUGUGCAGCGCCGAGUUUGACUUGUGGUCAGAAGCACCAAGCAGCAGGCAGGGUGACAUUAUGGCACAGUCCGACCCCCAUGGAAGAGUUAUCACAGGGCAUUACUGUGGGGUGUGGGUGGGAGGAACAAAAAAAAGCAAAGAAAAAAAAACAAAAAAAACCCUUUUCAGCAUGAAGCUGCAGGAGAACUACCAAACGGGCGCAUGCAAUUCUGCUUCAAAACGCACACACUGACACAUAUUUAUAUCAUACUUCUAAAGAACAACAUGUAUAUGUAUUCAGAAAUCUCCUUUUUUCCUCCUUUAGGGUUUUCCCCGUGGCGGGUGCGUGUAGUUUAUGUCCCGCAGGAGGGUCGGGAGGACGGCGAGGCUCCCUGACCGGAGACGCACGGCCUCACCGUUAUCCUUCAGAGCUCGUGGCUAGAGCCUCCUCUCACUUUUAUUUUCUGACUUUAGCUGUGUGAAUCUGUCUUCAGUUAGGUUCACAGCGCAAGACAAAAACGUGAGCGUUUUAAAUGAACGGGUACUGUAUAUAUGCGAUGCAGUGUGUCUGGGCAGUUACCCAAUUGGUGUUUUGACUCUGUACUCCACCUCACUGGAUUUGAAAUGAAAUGAUGAAUAUGAAGUUGAAGUGCAGAUGAAUAUGAAGGUAGUCCGCUUUACUUUCAGAGCAUUUACAUCCAUAUCGGGUGAUCUGUGUAGGAAUUGCAGCCUUUUGAAGCAGUCCUCCUCAUUUUAGGGGAUCGUAAGUAAUUGGAAAAAUGUACGCAAUCUGAAAUAAAAUCAUCAUAUUCAUUACUUUGUUGCAAGUUCUUUGCGGUCGAUGACUGCCUGAAGUCUGCAACCCAUAGACAUCGCCCGAUGCUGGGUAUCUUCCCUGGUGAUGCUCUACCGGGCCUGUGCUGCAGCCAUCUUCAGUUCCUGUUUGUUUCUGUGGUUUUUUUUUUUGCCUUGAAUUUGAAGUGAAACGCAUGUUUACUUAGAUUCAGGUCCGGUGAUUGACUUAGCCAGUCAAGAACAUUACACUUUUUGGCCCUGAGAAACUCCUUGGUUCCUUUACCAGUAUGUUUGGGGCCAUAGUCAUCCACCACCGUGGUCUACUGGGUCGUUUGCUGUCACUGAGUCCUUGCUUGUCCAAUUACUUUUGGUUUCCCUAUACCCUUGGGUAUAAAAAGGCCUGUAAUUCCUACAUGGACUGCCCCAAUGCAGAUGACCUCAAAUUAAAGCUGACAGUCUAAACUUUAACCUCAUUCCUCAUUUUGUUUGAAUUCCAAUGUGCUGAAAUACGGAGCCAAAACAACAGAAUUUGUGUCACUGUCCCAACACUUCCAGACUGCGCUGAAGUUAUUUUAGGAAGAUGUUACUUGACGGAGUGGAAGCUCUUGAGCAGCUUCCCACAGCAGGCUCUCCCUGCUUUUAAUGUGCACAGAUGUAGCGGGGAAAGAUGUAGGAGAUAUCAAUACUUGAUGCUGCGCAUACCUAUUACAAACACACACAACCCCCCUGUAUGUUUCUUCUGCUUUUAUCAAUGAGUGGACCUGAAAGCAUUGUGCCAUUUUGCACACCAGCCCCGAUUCUCUUACCUGUGUGUGUGUGUCUGUGUGCGCACGCACGUGUGUGUAUGUGUGUUCCCAAUCAAUAGGCUGUGAAGGGGUGGAAUUACCUUACUGGGUAGUAAGAACUGAGACAAACAGGAAGGGGGUAGCUUCUCAGAUUUCUGUUAUUGAGUUCUGUUUACUCUUAAGUAUUUAACUGAUUUUUUUUGUUUUGUUUAAAUCUUUCAUGUACAGAUCAAUCCUUGUUAGGGUUUGGGGGGUUUAAACAUGAAUACUGUCAGUAGUUUGUAUAACAGUGGAUCGGAGUCGUUUGGAACUACCAACACAAUGAUCGGAAACACUCUUGGCAGCAGGGGGAGCCGGCAUCAUGCUUCGUCACUUCCUGUUUUUCUAUAAAACAUUUUUCUCAUGGACGCUCAGUGCUGCGUAGUGGACUUUCUCCUGAGGAACUGGGAAAAGAUUACCUUGCGAUCGGCCCCUGGAUGAUGAGGGCAAGACCACAGCUCCCUGGCCUUUCCCCAGCCACCCUCCUCCCAACCCUUCCCAGCAUGCACUGUGCAGUAGAGCUCCCCUUGCCUAAUUAUUCACAGAGAGGUCAGCUAUGCACUAAUCUUGUCUUCUCGAUGGAUUGGGGGGGAGAAUGAUGUUAGAGUGAAACAGCACUAGUUGGGACUUUUCCUUUUUUUCUUUUCCUUUUUCUUGUUUUUGCAUUUUGAACUGUAGCUCCAUAUCAAUCUUUUCUUUGUUUUACAAGAAAGGUUUGCUGUUUUAUUUGUCGAUUAGUAGUGGCUCCUCGUCAUGAUCCUCCUCGUUGAUCACACACGAUGACUCGGGCUGCUGCCCUCGGUGGCUGCUGCCCUCGGCGGCUGCUGCCCUCGGAGGCUGCUGCCCUUGGUGGCUGCUGCCCUCGGCGGCUGCUGCCCUCGGAGGCUGCUGAUCUCGGUGGCUGCUGCCCUCGGUGGCUGCUGAUCUUGGUGGCUGCUGCCCUCGGAGGCUGCUGAUCUCGGUGGCUGCUGCCCUUGGUGGCUGCUGCCCUCGGCGGCUGCUGCCCUCGGAGGCUGCUGAUCUCGGUGGCUGCUGAUCUUGGUGGCUGCUGAUCUCGGCGGCUGCUGCCCUCGGAGGCUGCUGAUCUCGGCGGCUGCUGCCCUCGGUGGCUGCUGCCCUCGGAGGCUGCUGAUCUCGGUGGCUGCUGCCCUCGGAGGCUGCUGAUCUCGGUGGCUGCUGCUCUCGGAGGCUGCUGCCCUCGGUGGCUGCUGCCCUCGGAGGCUGCUGAUCUCGGUGGCUGCUGAUCUCGGUGGCUGCUGAUCGCUUUGCCGAGGCUCCGGCUCUCCAGAGCCCAGCUGAAGUGGCCGCAGUCGGGGAGAGAGUGAUGACGGGGCUUCCAGCUGGCGGACUGGUGUCAUUCGGUCAGUGCUGGAAACGGCUGAUUGUUCGGUCUCUUUGUGUGUUUUUCUUUUUCUGGCCUGCUCACGCUCAGCACAGCCCAGCCCUCUCUGGGGCCGUCUGUCCUUUGUGUGCUAUCAGCCGGGGGGGGGCUGUGCCUCGAUGACGCCGGGCUUCCGGAAGCAUCUGUAAGCGGCCGUCGUGAUGGUAGAGCCCCCGCCGCUGAAACCGUUCCCUUAAUUGCACGGCGCCCGCUUCUGGGGGUUGAGCGUUCCCGUUCCAGGGCUCUUCAUUUGGCUGAUUGGGCAGCGCUGGCAUUAGAGAGGACAACCCACCAGCUUACAGAAUCCACAACGGCCAGCUUUCCCUCAUUUUCCUUUUAUGCUUGCAGCCAGUGGGUAGCAGACCACUCAGAAUAGUGGCGGUGUCUGGGAUGUAGUGAAAUACCAGUGGUGUUCAUGUUUUUUGGCUGGACUGCAACCCAGCCCUACAAAUGCGAAUGUCUGUGACUGACUGACUUACUGACUGACUGACCGAGUGAUGAAGUUACACCAUUGGUCGGCCGAGUUAUGAAGUUACACCAUUGGUCGGCCGAGUUAUGAAGUUACACCAUUGGUCGGCUGAGUUAUGAAGUUACACCAUUGGUCGGCCGGAUCACGUGCGUUAGGUCCAGCCAUGUACCAGGUCUUGUUUUCUUAUUCUUUUUGAAGUUUGCACUGAUGUCUGAGUUGGUUUUUGUCAGGAGCAGCGAGGAAAGUGCAGGUGUCUGAACGCGCAGCUGCUGUCCCGUCGAGCUCAAGUCUUAAGGGCGGCCGUUCCGGCAGGAGUUUUAUUCGCGGCUUCCUGACGCCUCUCGACGGGCCUCCCCCGCGCUCGUAUUUAUUUCGGCCGCGGCGUUGGCCGAAGCGUGAGCUCGAUUCUUCCUCCCCCCGCCUCCUUCCUGACGCUCCUGAUCCGCGGGUCGCGGGGGCAGGAAACGAGCGCUCCCGGCGUUUCGAGCGCGCGUGCGCGGUGCAGGAAGGAAGCCCGGGCCCGUCGCGCGCGCCUCUCUCUGCGGGUCGUGUGACUCUAGCCCCUCUGGGUCGCGACGCUGAGGCCAGAGCACAGCCCCCCUAUCGCCUGUUCUGCGUUCCUCCUUUCCUGCAUCGGGGGAUCAGAACGCGACAGCAUAUCUCGAUAAUCAGCUUUUUAAAAAAUUAUUAUUGCUAUAAUUUUUGUACAUUAAUAUCUAAAGUCUUAUGUUUCGAUGUCUUUAAGAGGCAUUCUUUUGUAGCUCAGGGUUUGGUAAAGAUGUUGACAUUUUAUCUUUGAUCUUAGUUUUAUUUUAAAACGUACUGUGAGGUAAUGAAAAUAUAUCUGAAAAGCAGAAAAUAUCUGGAAUAACACUUUGAUCUGCUGCUGUUUGUUAGAAGGAGCUCAUUCAGUUAAAACAUGAAAACAAAAAUAGAACUGGCAUGGCUUACGAUGGCAACCUGGCAGGUUGUUAGACCAAAGACUGCUCGGCACUUUAGUCAACAACAUCAGAAACGCGAACCAGGAUUCUCACAUUUCGCACACCUCCCAACCCUGCCCCCCCCCCCCCACACACACUCCCGACCGCUCAUGCUCACAGCCCUUGCCGUUCCCACCAACCUCCUUCCCUGCUAGCCUUAAGAAAAGCAGCACUUCCCUUUAAAGACCUGGAAUUGUGGAACUGUUGGCUAGGUUGUGGCGUGCAUGCCUUAGCGCACUGACUUUCUGUUCUGUUAUCAGUCACUCCUCAGCCAGUCUGAUGACUGCGGUGAGGAGGCAUGUGCAGCAUGUUUGCGGUUGCCGUGUAGUUGAAGGCCAGUGACGGGGGCGUGAGGGUGGUUUGAGGUGAGGUAGCCGGCGCAUGGAGGCCAAAGGGUGUGCUUGUGGUGUGGGGGGAGGAGAGGGCAAACGAGUCUCAGAGUGUGUGUGUGUGAAUGAGGGGGUUUAGCUCCAAGUACAUGACCUAGGCUUCAGCUCGUAACCGUUGGUAACCCACUCUACUUUUGCCCCCCUUUGUUAAUAUGCAUAUCUUUUCAUCAGGGCAAAAUCCCCACCCCCUCCCAAUCUGUACCCCCCAUAGUAAUGAUCUGGGCAUUUCUUAGAGAAGGAAAGCUGAGCAGAGGAGUGCAGUUUUGGAUUGGGGGGGGGGGGGGGAGUCAUAAGAAAAAUGCAAACACUGUGUUGUCCAGAUUGUAUAUGAACUCUGCAUAAUGAACCAAAUUCAUAUACAGUGCCUUUUAAAAUCGGUUUCCAAUGGCGACGGCUUUGAGCGAAUAAGACGUGGCAGGCGGUGUGGACGGGUUGUGGCUGUACUUACAGGUGGAUAGGCCAUACGGCGACACACAGGUCAUGUGGGCAUUUACAGCAGGACGCGCCAGUCCAACGGUGUGCUGUUGUCCUGCUGUCAGCGUGCAUAUUGCACACUUCAAAUCUGUCAUUGUGAAGGUGGAUUCUUCCCUGGGGGGAUGCGCGGGGGGGUUGGAGGGUUAAACAUGUAAAUAUGCUCAUGGAGCUCAUCUUGUCGUCUCUUCUGUUCUCAUACCACGUUCAUUUAUUUCUCUUGCUCUCGUUUCAAAUUUGUGUGAUGUGUGUUUUUGUUUUUGCUUCCCCCCUCCGUACGGCUGCACACCUCUGUUCUUUGUCCUGAUGUCCAUUGCUCUCCGUUCAGUCCUUCAGUCCCAUCGCGUCUGUUACAAAAUGUCCCCAGGACACAGAAUUUUCUCUUAAUUUAGAGAGCUAUGCAGUGGACUCACUCGCAACCUUUAACACUUCCUGCCACUUAUUAUUUUUGAUAACAUUAUGAUUUUUUCAUAUAUUAUAUAUUUAUAUAUCUACUUUGAUAUAUACAUAUAUAUAGUUUUUUUGUUUGUAGUGUUCCCUUUUUGAAGAAUUUCUUGCUAGAUAAAGUGAAUGAGUUCUUAAUGUGACUAAAAAAAUAACAUGAUUGAGAGGAAUUUAUUUUGUUGCAAUUUGUGAAUUCAGACACCCCUAAAAAUAAAGUUGAUUUGAUGAAUACUUUUAAAA